AAAUUUCUAAAGCUCUAUUGUUAAAAAAUAAUUCUAUAUGUAACCGAAUCGUUUCCUAAAUAUCUAUCGAUGCUUAUCUUUGUCUAUACGAGGUACGUUUCAAAAGGUUAAUCGCGAAGAGUAAUUUUUUAAUGGCGUCAUUACGAUAAGGAUAACACGGUGUUUCCGGUAUUUAGAUCGUUGAUAAACUAAGAAAUAUUUGAUAUAUUUUUUUAGAUAAAUUUGAAUCUAAAACUAAUAAUUCUGAACCACGAUGACAUAUAAUAGAGAGUUAUUUGUAAAAGACUUGUUAAUAUUGACAUUGUUCAAUAGAUGGGAUUGCAUAUGCUGCAAUUCUAAGUUCGAUAAUUUUUUAAUCACUCUGUAUCUGUAGUUUAUAAAGGAUAUUAAAUAUAUUAGAUUAUAUACGUGUUUUAUUCACAGCACUUUUAUAUAAAUGAGAAUCCCGCUGGUUUUUAUAAUGACGUACGUCUUGAAUUAUAUAAAUAAUAACAUCGGAAUAUCUCUAAAUAUAUAUUUUUAUACAAAUAUUUAUACGAUUUUCUUCCUGUAUAUAUUCUGGAUAUCAACCUUGAGUCUACUAAUUGUUUGCCCCACUUGCCCCUCGAAUUACUGUACGCUCGUGUUCGUGUUUAAAUAACUUUUUAGUUGUUGUAGUAGCUAAUUGACCGUCGGUAAGAAAGAUAUUGACAAUAAUAAAUAUGAGAAGUAUUCCACUAUUGUUUGUUAUUAUAUUUUAUACAAACAUAGCGGUGGAAGCUGCAACUCUCACAGUUUCGAUCUAUUACGAAUCUUUAUGUCCCGAUAGUGUUAGAUUCUUUAAAGAUCAGUUUUAUCCAGCUUACAGUACCGUACUUAAAGGUAAAAUUAUCGUGGAUUUAGUACCUUUUGGUAAAGCUACGGCUAAAAACGAAACUGGAAAAUGGGUUUUUGAUUGUCAACAUGGUAAAAGUGAAUGUUAUGGGAAUAAAAUACACGGUUGCGCUAUCGAUGUUGCUACUAAAGAUGCUAGCACCGAAUUUAUAGUAUGCGCUAUGAAAUCAGGUGAUGCUAGUGAUAAAAAUAAUUUAAAACAGUGUGCAGCUGAUAACAAUAUAACUUGGUCGAAUAUAGAGCAAUGUAUGAGCUCUAAUAGAGGCGACGAGAUUCUCGCUUCUAACGGUGAACGUACGCGUUCAGUUCAACCGAAAAUAACUUUCAUACCGACGAUAAUAUUUAAUCAUCAAAUGAGGGAACAGCUACAGAAACUCGCGUUGAAAGACUUUCACGGCACUGUCGAAUUCCUUUUGGAAGACGAAGAUUGUUCGAAAUGUCAAAACGGCGGACGUAUAAUCGGUUUAUCCUGGUGUCUAAUAGCUUUUUGUAUAAUCUCGAUAUUUACUUAGUUGAAAUUUAAUACAACUGCAACAAUGUCAUUAUUUUUUUAUUAUUGUCGUUUGAUAAUAGUAGUGCCUCUAGCGGGAUACUAUUGAAUGGUUAUGACGUACGACUUUUAACUUUAACUAUGACGUAUGUCAUUUUAAGGUUAUGUUGAAAUAAUUGAGAGGUAGCGUCAUCUAUUUAUCAAAACUAAAAUUUAAAUAAAUAUAACGUUGAUAGAUU